GGGGGGGCGGGGGGGCGUGCUGGAGAACAGAAGUAUAUGAUAGAAUGUUUGAAAACCUCUGUGGGUUUUGCAUUUGUGUGCAGGUACCUCGUACCCAUGCAGUUGAACGUGGUUGUGGACAUGCGGGGGACAUUUAUAAGUUGAAUGGUUGUUGGAUGAAUGUAUUACAGCAGUGCUCUUGUGGGUUUGCAUAGAUUUGCGAGCACAGGGGUGUUGGGAGUGUGUCUGUGCUGCAGGAGCCAGGUGGUGUGUGUGACAUGUUCUUGUCCCUGUGGGGCACACAGGUAUCCACAUCAGCCCUCUCGCCAUGCAGGCCGGUGCAAGGGAGAGGCGGGGCCGGGCUGUGUGUGGCCAGCCCCUCGUCUUACCAGUUGUGUGACCUCAGGCAAGUACUGAGGCUCUGUGACCCCUCAGCCUCCGCAUCUAGAAACGGGGAUGACGAUAGCAGCGACCUUGAGAUUGCUGGGAGCACCCACCGGGUCCAUGUGCCUGGCACAAGGACACGCUUCAUAAAUAUCCGUUGUUAUCGUUAUGCUAGGGUAGGAGGAUGGUUCUCGACUCCACUGGGGCCCACAAGUAGAAGGUGUCCCAAGAUAAAGGCAGUCAAUGUGUCUGGCCCUGUGCUGUCCCUUCCCCAGUGCAGGCAUGCCCCUGGCCCUCUCAAACUGGAAGACAGACUUGGAGCUCUGAGAGAGGGGCUCACCCCGAGGCCUGAAUGUUUCUAGGGAUAUUCUUCCCCCUGAGAGAUGGCCAAGGGCAUAUAGCCCAGUGGCCUUCUCUGUGCAUCACUCCAGGGACUAGGGGAGGGCCUGGGAAGGCUUGCUGGAGCUGACCCCAGAAGGCCUGUGUCGUCCUCAGGAAGAGGACUCUGGACCCUCCCAGCCCUCAGGAAAGGGUGUUCCAUGGCUUCCCCGGGAAAUGAGCCCUGACUAUCCACAGCUUCCUCUCUGCCUGUUUCGGGGAUGGCAGAGGAAUUCUGUGAAUGCUGUCAGAGCUACUUGGAGAGAGAGAGAGACUUGCAGACUGUUGGGAUAUCAGAGCUCUGUAGAGUCAUAUACUGCUAUGUUCCACCCCUCACGAGAAGUCACUUGCCUCUCAGGGCCCCCGCUUUCCCCAUCUGAAAAAUGGGGCCAUUAAUUCCUGUCCUCCUUAGCACUAGGGUUGACGGACCCAGGGCAGUCUGGGUCUCUGUGACCUCACAGCCCUGUCCCCUGACCACAGACGCCUACGCAGGGAGCGGCUCCCACUCGAGCUGGUCCCAGCCUUCUGCGAGCCUCAGCAUCCUGUUGCCAGUUCUGUUAGCUCCCCUUUAAGGGGUUGGUGUGGGGAGAGGAAACACCCUGGAUUGGUGGCCUUACCUUAAACUUCCCACCCAAGGACCUGACUUUAGGGUGCUAAAUAAACAGAAGCCAGGGGUCAUCGGCUGCCCCCAGGCCCCCAGAUUUGAGGUUACAAGUUGGAGCAGGGAGUACAGAUAUCAGAUGUUUCCAGAGCUCGUCAGAGUCUAAAAAUGUGCUUCUACCCAGGUGGUACCUUCUCUCCCCUGGGAGGGGAGCUACUGUCAUUACCAACCCUGGGCAGAUAGGGAGACUGAGGGUAGGAGUCAGGCAGGGUCAGGCUAGAGUUGAGGCUCUCUGGUCUUUUACCUCAGUGCCCACCAGUGACAGCGCCUAAGGGGGUGUGGGGUCCAGACCAUAGGAUGGGAACCUUGGUUACGGUAGCCUGAGCAGAGAAAGGAUGAGACAAUGACCCCAAAAGAGGGCCACCUGCCGGACGUGGAGCCUGCCCGGGUGGACACGCGGGCCCGUGCGCGCAUGCACACGGCCACGCACACAGAUACUCCCCACCCUUGGGGGAUCCCUCUCCAUCUAGACAACUCGACUGUAGUUUCAAUUCUCGUUUUAGCCAACUUUGUUUUUAAUGUUGAACAACUAUCCCUUGUUUGUAUAUACUUCAGCGGCAAAGUCCCUGGGGGAGAAGCAGUCUGUUUUCUUAGGCGGAAUCCUGGAAGUCCAAUUAGGGAGUGAUCGUUCCACUUCUAAGGUUUUCCAGCGGCUGCCUGGCAUACCCUACGGAGCCCCUAAUUAGGCAGCCAGGGCGCCCCGGUUCAGGGCCCAGCCCGGCUGGGGGUGGCCCGUUUGAGGGCCAGGCCGGGGCAAGUUCAGAGCCCGAACGCAGGCCGAGGAGGGCCUACAGAGGACAGGACACGGCCCUCUCCUCCAUUCGAGGAGGGCUGAUCCUCCCACUUGCCAUCCACAGCCUUGACUGCCUGUAAGGGCGACAUGCGGGACAUGACAGCAGAGGCGGCCGCUCGGGGUUUAAGGAAAGCCACACCGGUAGGUCAGGGUGGCCUUCAAGCCCACGCCGAAGCUGGGUACCAUGGGGCCCAGGAGAGGAUUCACUCGGGUGGGGAAGGGCUUCCCUGGCGAGGUGAACUGUGAAGUGAGGAGGGCGGUUAGACCGGUACAAGGGGGCAGGCAGUGCGAGGAGAGCUGACAGGGAAGCAAACACCUGAUAUUUUCACCGUGGACGUGCUUUUCAGUACGUUGCCCCAUGGUCUCCAUGCACUUUGGCUGGGGAAGAAGGGCAUGUGGUUGAAAAAAACACACGCCUUGUAGCCAAGCGCGGCCUGCAACCUACAGGUUUGUCUGAGUUGCUGCAGCUGGUGCCUGCUCGCUCCCUGUGGCUCUUGGCCUCCAGCCUGGGCUGGCUCAGUCCUGUGGUGCCAUGGAGUGCCCGUGGCCGCCCUGGGGGGCGUUGCCUCUCCCCUGGCCCGGGCCUGUUCCCUACAGCCUCUGGGAGGUUCGGAUUUCUGCCCACCAGGUGGGCAGCUCCCCCUGUUCCCCGCAGCAGUGGCUCAGCUCACAACACUGCCCUGCUCCUGCCACCUGAGCCCCCCAGGUGCCAUCUGCCACCCUGUUUCCAGGCAGCAGGUAGGUGGCCUUGGGGCAGGGGCUAGGGGAAGGCAGGCAGAUCCCAGAUGGGGCAGGCAGGGUGCCCCAACCCUGAGGGGCAGGUAGUGUGAGGCCAGCCAGCUGGCACCUGGGCUGUCCCACCUCUCCGGGACUGGGCGAGAGCAAGUCUGGUGAAGUGUUGGGUGUGCGUAGCACGGGGAUUUUUUAGUACCUCUGUCUUGUUGUCUCUGCGUGUAUGAGCGGUGGAGUCUGUGGGCAUCUGUGUAUCUGAGUAUCCGACCAUGUCUAUCCCAAGCCUGGUCAUUCCCUGGGCUUCCCUCCCUGUGUCUCUCCACCUGCAUCUUCCACAUCUCUCGCUGUCUCUGCAUCUCUGUGUCCCUGCCUGUCUCUGUCUCAGUUCUGAGCUGAUGAGGGUUCCUUUGCCGUCAGAGCUACCUCCUCCCCCCCCCCCCCCCCCACGCUGGGUUGCUCUGCUUAAUUUCAUUUUCCCGGGGCUCCAACUCACAGAAAUAAACCCUCCCUUCCCACCCCUGCACUUUUUUGAUUUAACAAGCCUGCUGGAAAACAAUAGUGAUUUCCGCAUCGAUCAUAAACAGAAGUGAUUACCAUACAAUUACAGCCUGAACCAUCAGCCUCGAUGCAAUCACUGAGCCGCAUUGUAAAUCGGAAGACAAUUGCCUGCAGAAUUACCCCCAAAUUGGUUUAAGUGGCAACAAAAGAGUGUUGGCAUUUUGGCAUUGUGGAGAGGGGUGGGGGGAGGACUGGUGGUCCUGGCAGCAGAAGGUCCCCGUUGGGGAACUCUUGGGGUGUCUCCCCUGCCUUUGAGCAGGUGGCUUACUAGGGAGGGCUGCCUGCCACCUUCCCCCACCUCAUUCUUUCUCCUGCAAUUACUGCUCCUUGCCCGUCUUGGCACAGUUUGUUACAAAUUCAUUUAUACUAAUGUGUGAGUGGCUAAGUGUACCGUCAACUGGGACAGCGGAGAAGGGUGACUCUGGGGGGAGGGGGUGUUCCAAGAGGCCUCCUCAGCUCCCCUGCUAUGGCCUGCUCCCCACUCCCAUCUGCUAUAUGGUUCUUCCAGGCCACCCCAUCUCUCUGGACUCUUCUGAUCUGGCUCCCACCUCACAGCCUUCCCUUCUCAUCUCCCAGUCCGAUGGGCAUCUCCCACCAGGAACCUCCUACAUUCCAUCCAGGGCAGCCUGUUCCCUCCUACAGCUGCAGCGUGUCCCCUGCAUCCUACCCAACUGCCCAGGCCAGCCUGCUCCUGGAAGAGCCUGCUGGCCACCACCGCAGCAAAUUUGAGGAGAGGCUCACAAGGUGGGCCUCCACUGACCGGUGCCUGUCCCUUUCUAGCCUCCGGUUCUAUGAGAAGUUCACUGCCAGCUGGACAUCUCUUGAGUGUCUGAAGACUGCUCCAGAGCUCUGGCUGUUUCUGCAGGGGGCCUGUCUUCUCCCGGGGAAGCGAUUUCUCUCUAGGGUCAGACUGUUCUGAAAUUAUUGGGAAAGCCCUCACCCCUCCCCCGCCUGUCACACUUAGAUUCUAUCAGAUUUGUCCAUUUCCAGGUUACAAAUGCGUUUGCAUGUUCCUUCUGAUCCUCACAGAGGGGGUUGCGUGGGCUUGGGAUUUUAUUCUUGUUUUUGAUAAAGAAAGGAGCCCCCGAGGGUGAUGCGGCCUCUGCCAGGUCACGCAGCCAGUCAGUGAGGGAUGGGGAUCUUCGGGCCCCUAUUGGAGUGCUCCGUCCUAGGUGCUGUCUCUCCAGCCUUUCCAGCCCCGCACACAGGCUGAGGGGCUCAGCUGGCCUCUGACUUGCCCUGAGACAUCAGGUGGUACCAAUCACUGGAACAGGUCCCAGUGAGAGAGCACUUGUGGGGUGCUGCACCUGCUUGUUAGCGCCUCUCGCCCCCACUGCAGCCCUGGAAGGGGAUGCAACUCACCCAGGGCCCUUAGGUGCCUGGUGCCAGAAGCUGGUUCCCACACCGUUGCCAGCCUUCCGGCCUGUGCUGACUGGCAUCCUGUAAAGCGGGAGGAAGCCUGAUGUCCCUGAUCUUUCUUGCUUCCUGGUCCCGGUGCCACCGAGGCUCCAUGCCUCGUUGCCCUGGUCACUCUGCAAAAGCCUCAGGACGGGACCCCAUCUAGAUGUGGUAUAUUUAGAACCAUGAAUUCUGUUGGCUGCCUCAGCUCUGCCCCGUGCUAGGCGGGGCCUCGGGGCCACCGUGGGCUUGGCCGAGUGACUCUGGGGCGCCUCCCCGCCCGGCACCCACCUCCUCAGCUCUGGCACUGAGAAGAGACCGAUGGCAUCCGCAGACUGGUGGUGGUUGGGGGAGAGGCUGCUACCCCCUGCCUGCCCCGCUGACCUGCCCUCGCAGGCCCCACCCCGAGCCUCUGCUCCCUCCCGUGUGCCACCUGGGUAGCCUGCCCCUUUCCAGACUCCGGUUUUAUGAGAUGUCUGCGGCCAGCCGGAUGUCUAAAGACUGGACUCCUAAGUUCCAGCGUCCCUUGGGAAAACAGGGGUUCGAGACCAUAAAGACCUGGACCUGAGUCCUGCCCUUGCCACUUUAUGGUCUGUAAAUCUGCUUUUUCUUUCAAGUGGGAGCGUACCCACCCCGCUGGACUAGGAAAUGACAGAGGCGACCCUGUUAUCAGUUCAGGGUCUUCAGGUAACAGCUGCUGUGAUCCUCGGCCUCUGAAUCACGUCCUCCCUUUGAAAAGGAAGGGGCCUGGCCUUCGGGGAGCACUCAUCCCGUGCACAGCUUUGCACUGGCCAUUUUAAGGCUGUCUGGUACCAUUGUAUUUGCGAUGUCUGGCACCGGAGCCAGAGCCCCGUGUGGCUUUUUACGUUUCAUGCAGUAGAAAGAGUUAAAUACAGUUGAGCACACUCACUCCUCACCGUGACCACGUUUCCAGCGCUCAGUCGUCGCACGGGGCCUGCGGCUGCAGUGUGGGCAGUACGGAUACAGGACACGUCCGUCACCGCGGAAGUUCUUCCGGACGGUGCUGCACUGUGUUGUCACCCCACUUCACAGGUGCAAAGCUGAGGACCAGAUCAGUGGCACGACACACCCGGAGUCCCGGAUGGAGGAGAGGGAACUGGGGGCAAAGCUGGGCCCUCCUUGCGCCAGCUCAGAGACGUGCCCUGUCAUGAGCCCUCCGUGAGCUCCUUAUUGGCCAAGGACUGUGUCUGCUUGUACCCCAUGCCCAGCCUGAGGCCGGCCCCAGGGUGGGCAUUUGGGACAGUGUCUGCUGAGUGGGUGGUGGAAUGAACAACGGAGUGAGCACCGCCUGCUGAAACUUGGGGGCGCACUUACCUCCCCUCCUGCAGGAGGCACAGAGCCAGCUGCUGAGGAGUGAUGGAUGGCCCCUCUCCAGAGAUAAAUGUGACAGUCAAGCCCUGCUGUCCUCCUGGUGCGAGGAACUCGGCCGCCUGCUGCUUCUCCGACAUCAGAAGAGCCGCCAGAGCGACGCCCCCGGGAAACUCCCCAUGCAGCCUCCCCUCAACUCCAUGAGCUCCAUGAAACCCACUCUGUCACACAGUGAUGGGUCGUUCCCCUAUGACUCUGUCCCUUGGCAGCAGAACACCAACCAGCCUCCCGGCUCCCUCUCCGUGGUCACCACGGUUUGGGGAGUGACCAACACAUCCCAGAGCCAGGUCCUCGGGAACCCUAUGGCCAAUGCCAACAACCCCAUGAAUCCAGGCGGCAACCCUAUGGCAUCGGGCAUGACCACCAGCAACCCCGGCCUCAACUCUCCCCAGUUUGCUGGGCAGCAGCAACAGUUCUCGGCCAAGGCCGGGCCCGCUCAGCCCUACAUCCAGCAGAGCAUGUACGGCCGGCCCAACUACCCCGGCAGCGGGGGCUUCGGGGCCAGCUACCCCGGGGGUCCUAACGCCCCCGCAGGCAUGGGCAUCCCUCCGCACACCAGGCCGCCUGCUGACUUCACUCAGCCGGCGGCUGCUGCCGCGGCAGCUGCAGUGGCGGCGGCGGCAGCCACAGCCACGGCCACAGCCACGGCCACUGUGGCAGCCUUGCAGGAGACGCAGAACAAGGAUAUAAACCAGUACGGACCGGUCUGUUCCUCUUUCCAGAUGGGUCCCACCCAGGCGUAUAACAGCCAAUUCAUGAACCAGCCCGGGCCGCGGGGGCCUGCCUCCAUGGGGGGCAGCAUGAACCCCGCAAGCAUGGCGGCUGGCAUGACACCCUCGGGGAUGAGCGGCCCUCCCAUGGGGAUGAACCAGCCCCGGCCGCCCGGCAUCAGCCCCUUUGGCACCCAUGGGCAGCGGAUGCCCCAGCAGACCUACCCGGGGCCCCGGCCCCAGUCCCUGCCUAUUCAAAGCAUAAAGAGGCCAUACCCGGGAGAGCCCAACUAUGGAAACCAGCAAUAUGGACCAAACAGCCAGUUCCCCACCCAGCCAGGCCAGUACCCUACCCCCAACCCCCCACGGCCGCUCACCUCUCCCAACUACCCCGGGCAAAGGAUGCCCAGCCAGCCGAGCACGGGGCAGUACCCACCCCCCACGGUCAACAUGGGGCAGUAUUACAAGCCAGAGCAAUUUAAUGGACAAAACAACACCUUCUCGGGAAGCAGCUACAGUAACUACAGCCAGGGGAACGUCAAUAGGCCUCCUAGGCCGGUUCCUGUGGCAAAUUACCCCCACUCACCUGUUCCAGGGAACCCCACGCCCCCCAUGACCCCCGGGAGCAGCAUCCCCCCGUACCUGUCCCCCAGCCAAGACGUUAAACCACCCUUCCCGCCUGACAUCAAGCCAAAUAUGAGCGCUCUGCCACCACCCCCAGCCAACCACAAUGACGAGCUGCGGCUCACGUUCCCCGUGCGGGAUGGCGUGGUGCUGGAGCCCUUCCGCCUGGAGCACAACCUGGCUGUCAGCAACCACGUCUUUCACCUGCGGCCCACAGUCCACCAGACCCUGAUGUGGAGGUCCGACCUGGAGCUGCAGUUCAAGUGCUACCACCACGAGGACCGGCAGAUGAACACCAACUGGCCGGCCUCGGUGCAGGUCAGCGUGAAUGCCACGCCCCUCACCAUCGAGCGCGGGGACAACAAGACCUCCCACAAGCCCCUGCACCUCAAGCACGUGUGCCAGCCGGGCCGCAACACCAUCCAGAUCACCGUCACGGCCUGCUGCUGCUCCCACCUCUUCGUGCUGCAGCUGGUCCACCGGCCCUCCGUGCGCUCCGUGCUGCAAGGCCUCCUCAAGAAACGCCUCCUGCCCGCGGAGCACUGUAUCACGAAAAUCAAGCGGAAUUUCAGCAGCGUGGCUGCCUCGUCAGGCAACACGACCCUCAACGGAGAGGAUGGCGUGGAGCAGACAGCCAUCAAGGUGUCUCUGAAGUGCCCCAUCACAUUCCGGCGCAUCCAGCUGCCUGCUCGAGGUCAUGACUGCAAGCACGUCCAGUGCUUUGACCUGGAGUCGUACCUACAGCUGAAUUGUGAGAGAGGGACCUGGCGGUGUCCUGUGUGCAAUAAAACGGCUCUGCUUGAGGGCCUGGAGGUGGAUCAGUACAUGUGGGGCAUCCUGAACGCCAUCCAACACUCCGAGUUUGAAGAGGUCACCAUCGACCCCACGUGCAGCUGGCGGCCAGUCCCCAUCAAGUCAGACCUGCACAUUAAAGAUGACCCAGAUGGCAUCCCCUCCAAGCGGUUCAAGACCAUGAGUCCCAGCCAGAUGAUCAUGCCCAACGUCAUGGAAAUGAUCGCAGCCCUGGGCCCUGGCCCAUCCCCCUACCCACUCCCGCCUCCACCGGGGGGCGCCAACUCCAACGAUUACAGCAACCAAGGCAACAACUACCAGGGCCAUGGCAACUUUGACUUCCCCCACGGAAACCCUGGCGGGACGUCCAUGAACGACUUCAUGCAUGGGCCGCCCCAGCUCUCCCACCCCCCGGACAUGCCCAACAACAUGGCCGCCCUCGAGAAACCCCUCAGUCACCCCAUGCAGGAAACUAUGCCACACGCUGGCAGUUCUGACCAGCCCCAUCCCUCCAUACAACAAGGUUUGCACGUCCCACACCCCAGCAGCCAGUCAGGGCCUCCAUUACAUCACAGUGGGGCUCCUCCUCCUCCUUCCCAGCCUCCCCGGCAACCGCCACAGGCCGCUCCCAGCAACCAUCCACACAGCGACCUGACCUUUAACCCCUCCUCAGCCUUAGAGGGUCAGGCCGGAGCACAGGGAGCAUCCGACAUGCCGGAGCCUUCGCUGGAUGGUCUUGGGGCCAGAGGAAGCCCGGAAUCAAGAGAAAGCCCCCUGACCUGCCACGAGCCUUCCCGGCUGGCGGGCCGAGGGCCUGUCUCCCCCACACUGGAAAUAAGCGCGGGUGUGCCCCAGGCUAGCCCAGUGGCCUGGGCGCGUUUGAGGCCAGCCAGCACGCUCCUUCCAGAACUCACAAAUCCCGAUGAGCUCCUCUCGUACCUGGAUCCCCCCGACCUGCCGAGCAAUAGUAACGAUGACCUCCUGUCUCUCUUUGAGAACAACUGAAGCCCACCCCUCCACUGGGGCCAUCCCCCCCCACUCUGCCUCCUUCCCCGUCUGUCCCACACACACUUUACCACUGGGAGCCCAUGCCCUCAGACCGCCCCUGCUGCGGCCUUCUCAGAGCAGAGGAGCGGGAGGGUGCACUGUGAAGGCUGUGUGGGUCUGGUGCCCGUGCCCAGAGCAGGCCCUGAAGAUGAGCCUCGAGGUGGGGAACCGGCCCGGCGAGAGGGCACACGCUGACAAAGCCUUCCUGGUCCCUCUGUGUGUGCUGAUUCCAAACGACCCUCCAGUGCCCCCCGAGGUUCUUCCGGUUUCUAAACUGUAACCCUGCCUCCCUGCUUCCUGGCCCAGAGCCUCCUUCAAGUGACUGAGCCUGAGAGAAGGCGCCCCGAGACCCAGGCAGGCCCCGAGCCUUGGAGGAGCAGUGACGGUUGGCGGCAGUGAGAAUGGCCCACCCACCACCACCACCACCACCACCACCACCACCACCACAGAAAA